UAAAAAUCAAUAAUAAAUUAACAAAAAAUCAUAAAAACAAACCAAACGCAGGUCAGUUUUUGAUCAGCUCCCAAAACGCGCUCGCUGUCUUUUUUAAAAAAACGUUCAACAUUCUCGUCAUCAUCAUUAUCAAUCGCAUCAAUCAAUCAAUCGAUCGAUCAAUCAAUCAAUCAAAAAACCAACCAGUCUUCUCGUGCUAGUCGCUAUCAGCAUUUUCCGUAACAAACAAACAAUCAACCAAUUAACAACAUGAAUACGCAAUCCAAAGGAUACCGGUCUGGCGAAGAACUGUACGAUAGCUUGCAGUGUUUCGAUAUGACUGCCAUGCACAACUUGAACAUCCCCACAACAUUUCCGACAAUUGGCACCUUUACGCUCGACUCGACCACGUUGGGACUGCAGUCCCAUGGACCGCCAACACCAUCGGCUGUCCAAAUGCAGGUAUCUCAACCGCAGCAGCAAGCUAUACAUCAGCAUAUGCAACAACAUUUACAGCAGCAGCAGCAGCAACAUCAUCAACAGCAGCAGCAGCAACAACAACAGCAGCAGCAGCAGCAGCAACAACAACAACAACAACAACAUCAACAACAACAACAUCAGCAGCAACAGCAGCAGCAACAACAACAUCAACAGCAGCAACAUCAUUCAAGCAUUGGCAUGUUCGAUGCGAAUGAGGUCAACGAUAUCAUUCAGAAUCCGCCACAAAUUGGCGUCUUUCAGUCCAACAGCGUGCUGAAUGGACCCAGUCCGGGAAGCUCAUCGUCCAUAUUUGGCUCGCAGUCGAGUAACUCGUCGGCAAAUGCAGCCAACGAUCCGAAUGCAACCACACGUGAAACUGGCAUCAUUGAGAAGCUACUGCAUUCGUAUGGUUUUAUUCAGUGCUGUGAGCGACAGGCGCGUCUCUUCUUUCAUUUCUCGCAGUUCAGCGGCAAUAUUGACCAUUUAAAGAUUGGUGAUCCCGUCGAGUUUGAGAUGACCUACGAUCGUCGCACCGGUAAACCAAUCGCUAGUCAAGUGUCCAAAAUAGCGCCAGAGGUUGUGCUGUCUGAGGAGCGGGUGACCGGCACUGUGACCACCGAGCUGCGCACCGAUAGCGCCAACAAUGUGCUCACCUCUAGUGAGACAACUGGCCGGAUUAGCUAUGAGAAUCGUGGCGAAUGCUUCUUCUUACCCUAUACCAAAGACGAUGUUGAAGGCAAUGUGAAUUUACGUGCUGGCGACAAGGUCAGCUUUCAAAUUGCAACGAACCAAAGAGGCAACCUUGGCGCUUGUCAUAUACGCCUGGAGAAUCCGGCCAUGCCUGUCAAAUAUCGUGGCGUUGUCUGCUCAAUGAAGGAGUCGUUUGGUUUCAUUGAGCGUGCCGAUGUUGUGAAAGAGAUCUUCUUUCAUUUCUCCGAGGCCGAGGGCAAUGUGGAGCUGCGACCCGGUGACGAUGUUGAAUUCACCAUACAAACGCGUAGCUCUGCCUCUGUGCCACCGCAGGGCCGUGAGUUUGCCUGCAACAUAACGCGUUUGCCACCCGGUUCGGUUAUCUUUGAGGAUGUCGACACCACCAUUUACAAGGGUCAAGUGCUCAAGUCGCUCGAUCGCAACAAUCCGGUGCGUCAGAACAAUGAUCCGUUGCCCGGACGCAUACGUUACCGUGCACCCGAUUACUCCGAGGUGGAGGUGCCGUUUGGCGACAAGGACCAGAAGGGUGAUUUCACAUUGCGUCACGGCGAUUGGGUGCAAUUCCUGUUGGCCACCGAUAGGCGGGAUCAGUUGCAGCGCGCCACCUCGAUUGCGUUGCUGGACGAGACGUUCAAGGUGUCCGGCGAGAAGCGGGAACAGGGCACCAUUGCCUCGCUAAAGGAGGGUUUCGGUUUCCUUCGAUGCGUGGAGCGUCAAGUGCGUUUGUUCUUUCACUUUACGGAGGUGCUCGAUACGAGUCGUGAAAUUGAUGUCAACGAUGAGGUUGAGUUUACUGUCAUUCAGGAGCCCGGCCUGGCCUAUAAUAACUCGCGUCUGCAGGCCAUUCGCAUUAAACAUUUGCCGCCCAAUUCUGUGCAAUUUGAAACCCUAAUGGCCAGCAACAUUGAGGGCUGCGUGACACGCGAGGCGCCCAAGAGUCCAAUUAAAUCUCAGGAUCGCUUCGAGGGUGGAGUCAUCACCUACGAGCAUGGCGAUGUUAAAAAGACUAUUAUGUAUUUUCUUAAAGACUGCGAAAAACCACCAAGAGUCGGCGAGCGUGUGCGCUUCGAUAUUUACAUGGUCAAACGUAACAAGGAAUUUAUAGCCGUCAAUGUGCAGCAAGUAUCGCUGCAACAGCAACAACAGCAGCAGCAGCAGCAACAACUUUUAAGCCAGCAAACAGCUGCCCAACAACAAAUGUCUGCUACUAAUUUGAAUCAGAACGAUCAGCUGUUAAUCUCGAAUGGCAUCAGCACGAAUGCUGGCUCCAUGCAGAAUGGUUACAUGAUGCAUGGCAGUCCUGGCGGCGGCAGCAGCAGUAACAGCAGCGUGGGCAGCAAUGCCACAACCCAGCAGCAGAUUUGCGUGCCGCAGAUUGAGGACUUUAAGCUGGAGAAUAACAAUCAUGCGAAUGCGGAAGCAGCUAGUGGUCAGUUGUAUCGCGGAUUUAUAGCCGUCAUUAAGGAGAAUUUUGGAUUUAUCGAGACGCUGUCGCACGAUGAGGAGGUUUUCUUUCACUUUAGCAACUAUCAGGGCAAUCCCAAUUGGCUUGAGUUGGGCCAGGAGGUGGAGUACACUCUGGCGCCCAAUGGCAACACCUCCGUCUCUGGCAAUUGUCUGCCCGCCGAGAAUGUGUGCGCACUGCUCAAGAACUCGAUACCGCAACCGGCAGUGCUGGAGACGGUGCACAAUGGGGUUGUGGCGCGUCCGUUGCGAUGCAUCAAUCCGGAUCAGCAGGAAUAUGCCGGACUGAUUGAGAUACUCGAUGAGCUGCGCACCACAGUCAUCUCGCAGCAUGAAUUUGGCAUCACCAGUCUGGUGAAUAAGCGUGAUCUCUUGCAGAAGGGUGAUCUGGUCAGUUUCCGCAUCGAUGAGAGCGGCCGGGCGGCGGAGGUGAAUGCGGUGCGGCUAAAGAAACGUGCCACUGUCGAUUCGAUCAAGGGUCAGUUUGGUUUCCUCAAUUUCGAGGUCGAGGACGGCAAGAAGCUAUUCUUUCACAUGUCCGAGGUGCAGGGCAGCACAGUGGCUCUACAUCCUGGUGAUACCGUUGAGUUCUCUGUGGUUACCAAUCAGCGCAAUGGCAAAUCGUCGGCUUGCAAUGUUUUGAAAAUAAACGAUCGUCCCGAUCGUCUGAUCUCGCGCCUUAAGCUCAAUGGCGACGAUGGUGUGCCGCGUCUGAUCCUCAUACGCGCACCCAAGGGACCGCAGGGCAAGGGCUUCUCUGUACUCGCUCGCCAUCCACGCAUUCCAGGCGCCCUGGUGGAGUAAUUCCAAAUCAGAUAUUAGAUGCAAAUUAAAGACAAAUGCAGGCAUACACAUACACACACACACACACACAAACACACACAUACAUACAUUUAUAUAUACAUAUAUCUCAAUACAUAUAUAUUCUUGUACGCUACAACAUAAACAAGGCUUCACGAUACCAUUACCAUUACCGUUACCGAAAACUGAAUAAACUAAAGAAGAAGAUGGCACAGGAACUGCAUAAGCAACAAAAUACGCAACUACAGAACUACAUUAUUGUGAACUUGUCGCUACAACCAUAUUAUGAUGUCUACAAAACAGCAAAACAAACAAAGCAAACAUACAUUUAUUAAGUAUAUUAACUUAGAAAAAACAAACACAAAAAAAAAAAACGAAAAAAAAAACACUAUUUGAAACGAUAAUAAUAAUUGAUAGCAAAACAUAUGGCAUACCACAAAUAUAUAGUACAUAAAUGUAUAAUUAUGAUGAAUAACUAAACGGCAAGCUCCAAAACAAUUUCUAUGUGUCUGAUAUAAAUCUAAAUGAAAUUUUACGUAAUCUUACGCAUUAAGCAUUAAACCAGGGCCCUCUUCCUAAUUGUAAUACGCAGUCUAUAUUUUUUCUGUUAUAUUGAAGUUGUGCGCUGCUUAAAACUGAAAUUCAAGUGUCUGAGAGAUGAAACCAAAUUGUGUGUAAACGUAUACUAUUUUUCAACUAGUUUUGCUUUAAUUUAAUUUUA